AUGCAAGCACAAGUAUAUGAGGGGUUGUGUGGAAAUUAUUUUUCUCUUGCGGAACCACAAAGACAGAAUCAAAGUGCUUCUUUUGGCCACGCUGGCUUUUCUUUCUUUCUCUUCUUUCUCCUCUCUCUUCUAUUUCUGGUGGAUACUAUGGCUAAUAACACAACAAAUUUAGGAAGUCCGUGGCCAGAAAACUUUUGGGAGGAUCUUAUCAUGUCCUUCACAGUGUCCAUGGCUAUCGGGCUCGUGAUCGGAGGAUUUAUUUGGGGUCUGUUUGUCUGUUUGUCUCGAAGAAGAGCGAGUGCCCGCAUCUCCCAUUGGAGUUCAAGUCGGCGACCUAGGUCUUCUUAUAAUCACGGCCUCAACAGGCCUGGAUUUUACCGCCACAGUGGCUACGAACGCCGCAGCAACCUCAGCCUGGCCAGUCUCACCUUCCAGCGACAGGCUUCCCUGGAACAAGGCAAUUCGUUUCCAAGAAAAUCAAGCUUCCGGGCUUCAACGUUCCAUCCAUUUCUGCAAAGUCCACCACUUCCCGUGGAAACUGACAGUCAGGUGAUGACUCUGCCCUCUUCCCCGACCUCCCCCACCAUCCUCACCGCUCACAGCCUGAGGCGCCCUGAUUUCCACUGGUCCAGCAGCAGCCUUCCCGUGGGCCUCUCCCCACCGCCUCCGCCUACCUACGAGUCCAUCAUAAAGGCAUUCCCAGAUUUCUGACAAGGAGCUUUUGUUAACUUGGUUCUUUCUUUCCUUGUCUUUUCUCGAAAGGAAAUCAAAAAUAGACUAAACAGAAUUUUGAGGACGUGGCCCAAACGACCAAGGAGUUCCCAAACUGGAAAAUGCUCAUACAAGUUGGACAUUACAAUGUACAUUUUCUCUGAUCCCAUUUUUUCCUUAUCUCACAAAUAAGUAAUAUUUUCGCAAAUCGUUGUAUAUUUAUGUAUUUUGUAGUCAAUGUGAGGAUUUUUAAAGGUAGUGAUUCUAAUCUAGGAAUCAUCAGUAAUACAGUAUAUAUAUUUUAGACUAAAAUAAAAACAAGGUAGUUGUGGUUUACAAUCCCCAUUCACUGUCCAAUGUGAUUACUUAGGGUGAAAGAAAUCAGUGUCACUUAAAAUGUGUUCUGGCCUAAGGAAUUUUAAUUUUGCUUUCUUUGGAAUGACGAAUGAACGAUUUUACAGUCUUGGAUUUCUAAUGAAUUAUAUGGGCACAAAAUGACAGAACACAGAAGAUUCCAAAGUUCCCUGAUUCCACUCACUUAUGCAAAGUAUGGGAAUCAAGCCAAAGAAGCUGAACUCUGUGGGUGUUACAGGAUACUUCCAUUUUUAACCUUUACUUUUGUGCUUUUCCUCAGAAUAGUUUUCCACACAUCACGAAGGCAGAAUCCCUGGAUUUACUCACAUGAUAAUUUACUUUCUUCACUGUUGUAGGUAUGUUUUUAGAAAAGCAACAGCCACAAAUCCAAUUCAUUUCACCUAAAAACACACGUUAACACUGAGCUUAUAUUUUUUCUAAGGGAUAAGUUUUUUUUCUUAGAUUUAAAUCUAGCAAUAGGGAAAGCACUUUAUCUAGAGACUUUCUCCUGUAAUUUCACAAACAAAACAAAGAAGUUGGAGUCAGUGGGAACAAAGUCUGUCAUUGAAAUAGAUGUUACACCCAUGAAGAAUUCUCCUUCCUGGAUUGACUCAUCAGGCAUCAACCCUCGUUUGCAUUUCUAUGAAUUCAACUUCAGAUUCUGUGAAGAGUCUUUAUAAAUGACUAGAGGCCCGUUGCAUGGAUUCGUGCACACUGAAAGGAAAUUAAUUA